UCGUAAACAAACGUCCAUUGCUAACACUCCCUUUUAAUCUUUUUAUAAAAAACUCUCUAAUAUGUCUGAAAAAUCUAAAUCGGUGUCAUCAACGGCCCCAAAAUCGUACAAAAGUCGACCUUCGACUUUCGGGCCACCAACUACGCGUCGUUCCAUCGUUCCGUCGACCACAAUGAAAGAUCGCUACACACGUCCUACGAAAAUCAACAAAAACGCGAGUUGUAUUAGCGAGGCCGAUUUAACAAUGCGUCCGGAGGUCUCUAUACCUGAUUUUGAGACGGAAAACAAGCCAGUGGCGUACGGGAAGUUUCUACGUUCGAUGUUGGAAGACUGUUUGCUGGAUGAGAAGAUUGAAAGGGAAGAAACGGAUCUGGAUAAACAAAUGGCACUGUUGGCGGACAGGUUCCAGAAGACCAUGUCGCAGUUGGACAAGACUAAUAGGCGGCUGAAGGAGAUAUCGUUCGUUCAGGAACAGGAGAGACUAAUCGAACUGCGACACAAAGACAACGCUAAAAUCUUUGAAGCAACUGCCAAGAGUACUGCUCCGGAGAUCCUGAACAGCCUGUCUAACACUGAGCAAGCUCACCUAGACAAGCUCGUUACAAAGAACGUGGAUUUCGGCUACGACAAGAACAGCGGGUACAAGCAACUACUUGAUGCUGUACAAGAUGCCAUCGGAGGUUUAGAAGAUAUCAAGAAGCAUUCAAACUUAGAUCUGAACAAGUUUAAAGAAUAUGAGAAUACGAAAACUGUGUCCGAGCAAAUGGAAUUGAGAAAAAUGGACUUGGAGAUGUUGAAGACGGAGUUUGAGGUUAAGUUUCCGAAGUUUAGCGAGAAACUGUUGAAGGAGGCUUCGGAGAAGUUUGCUAAGAUGGUUGAGGAUGGGGAGGAAUGAAUUUGUAUUUAGAGAAGUUGUGUAGAUUAAAUAUGAGGUGUUAUUAAAGUUAUAAAGCAAAUUUUACGGUUUAACUUACUUGUUUUUAGUCACUCGCGCUACGUGUUUCGGAGCGCCUUGGUCUCCAUUUUCAAGCACUAACAGUGCGUGAGUAGCGUUCACGAUGGCCGCGCGUCGCGUAUUGCUACACGCCGCGCCGCGCGCUGGACGCGCGAUGAGACAAUCGGUUGGGGGGUUCUUGCACUCGAUCUGUUAGUGUUUGAAAAUCGAUAUCUAGGCUCUCUGAAACAUGUCGCGCCAGUGACUAAAAAUGUGACUUCAGUAAAAUUAGCUUAGCUAAAUUCGAUUACUGAGUGUUUAACGCUUUGAACACGCUAAUAGGGUCCACACAUAGCGAGCAGCCUCGCGAGGAAAUUUCCUCGCGCGGCCGCGUGCUCGUGUAACUUGCCUCAGCACGUUUGCCUCACCCGAGCCAAUUUGCUGGCAAGAUGGCGUCAUUCAGUCAACUGUUCAAAAUGGCGCCGCACGUACUGACUGCGGUGGCUUGCGUUUCUGUUAUUUUGCUUUUUAAAGCAAUUCAAAAGAAAAGGAAGAAGAAAAGAAGGAAUCAUAUGAGAUUUUGAGGGUUUUUCCGUGGUUUGACAACUUUUGAUGUAAGUACGAAUAAAAUAAUUACACGCACCAUAAACAAACAGGUCUACACUGGCGCGCGGUAAACGUCUGAGGCGCUUUUGAGCAUGCCGAAAAACGGAUGCAGCUCGGGCGAGGAAAGCGCGCGCACAUCCACACUGGCCGUUUUGUGCGCGCUAAAAUUGCUUCGCGCGUAUGCUCGCUAUGUGUGGACGUGGACCCGGCUUAUUGUGCGCGGUGCGUCAUCUCGAUCCUCGUGUAUGUAAAAUGAAACCAGAAAACAUCCUCUCUCUAAUAAAUUAUUCCUUAAUACUAGAGCAACAGUAGAAAGUCACAAAAAUGUAAACAAAAAUAAGUUCAAACUCAGGGCCUUUACAGAUUUUAUAACUUUAGUGUCUGUGUAUUUUUAUAUCGUGUAAAUUAUAUUU